AAACUAAUGAGAUUUGUGUUGUUUACUCAUAAUUAAUAGUAAUAUAUGGUCCAAUUUUUCUUUGUGCAGAUGGAUAGUGGUCCAUAACCAUAAAUUUUCCUAUUAGUAGAAGCUUUCAUGCUUGAAUUGGUACUUGUUUAUUUCUUUUUUCCUCUAUAUAAUUUUGUUCAUCAAUUGGACUCCUCCGGACACUUUAUUUUUUCUUGUUAGACAAUUAACCGAAUCCAUGGCAUCCUCUUCUUCUUUUUCUUCUGCAAGUACUUUACAAUACUGUCCUCGAUGGAAAUACAAUGUCUUUCUAAGUUUUAGAGGUGAAGAUACCCGUAAAACAUUUACGGGUCACUUGUACGAAGGUUUGAAAAACAGGGGAAUAUUCACCUUUCAAGAUGAUAAAAGGCUAGAGCAAGGCGAUUCCAUCCCAGAAGAACUCUUAAAAGCUAUCAAAGAGUCUCAAGUUGCACUCGUCGUUUUCUCAAAGAAUUAUGCUACAUCGAGGUGGUUCUUGAAUGAAUUAGUAACUAUCAUGGAAUUCAAGGAGGAAGAAAAUGGACAAACAGUUAUCCUGAUCUUCUACGAUGUGGAUCCAUCACAUGUUCGAUACCAAAGUGAGAGCUUUGUAGAAGCAUUUGCCAAACACGAAUCGAGGUAUAAAGAUGAUGUUGAGGGGAUGCAGAAGGUGCAAGGAUGGAGAACUGCCCUAACUGCUGCCGCGAAUCUAAAAUGAUAUGAUAUCCGGGGACGGGAUUGAAUCAGAGAAAAUUCAACAGAUCAACAACCACAUCUCUUCCAAAAUUUGCAAGAGUUCUUUGGGAAUACA